GGCAGAAAAACAGAGAGUCAGACUAAGAGAGAUUUAGAAAUUAGAAAGAGAUUGACUGAGUGAGUUGUGGAAAUCAAGCCGACUCCCACUGCAUGUGCUACAACCGUCCCUUCCCUCCCCUCCUUACUUGAUUCUUCGCUUCUUGUCAUUCGUCAAUCGCCAUUUUUCCGGUCUCUGAAAGUUGUUCAACUUCUGCUCUUUACUAAAAACAUGGAGUCUUGGAGUUAUGCUUCAGAAGGAAGAGCCCAUUUCUUCACUGAUGAGGUAGAAUUCCCGGUUGACGUGUUCUCGAGUAGUCAAACAGAAGUGGGAGAAUGGGACAGGGAAUCAAUUGAUAGCCUGGAAUUUGUUGGUACGGGUUUGCAUGAUGUGCCAAUAAGUCCUUAUGGAGAUAACAAAACCCCUGUUUUGGAGAUGUUUGGUGGUAGUGUUCUGGGUUUUGAUUCGCAUAUCUUGGUAGCUUCAAACUCCCAUUUAGCACCCAGCAGUCAGGGAUCAUCAUCACUUAUUGAUUUGAAGCUAGGGAGUUUGGGUGACUGCAUAGAUGCACAGAACAGUGAGUUUUGCCAUAAGAGAGCACUGCUGCAUUCUGUGGAACAUGCUACUCCAGUGAAGAGAGCUCGAAUCGUGAUUCCAUUCUGUCAGGUCUAUGGUUGUAACAAGGAUCUUAGGUCCUUGAAGGAGUACCACAAGCGGCAUAAAGUGUGUGAGCUCCACACUAAGACUCCUAAGGUCAUUGUUAAUGGGAUUCAACAGAGAUUUUGCCAGCAGUGCAGCAGGUUCCAUUUGCUAUGUGAGUUUGAUGAUGGCAAGCGUAGCUGUCGAAAACGCCUAGCAGGCCACAAUCAAAGGAGAAGGAAGCCUCAAUUCAGUGGCUUCUCGAACAAUGCCUACAAGCUACUGCAACAAUAUCAAGGCAGUAGAUUUAUCGACACUCCUCUACCUAAGAGAACUUCAUUCCUGUUUCCAGAAGCUAACCGGUACAGUCAUGUUUCUUCGUUUGACGAAAAGCCAAGUUUUAAUCCUCAGUCAGCAUUUCCGAUAACUAGUGACCAGUGGCUGGCAAGCCAACCAGAUUACUCAGUCUCAUCAUUCAUACACGAGCUAGCUGGGGUAUCAUCCCACUCUAGCCGUGCUCUCUCUCUUCUGUCACACAAAGCACAAUACCCUAAGGGCAUUUCCUCUAGUCGGUUGGAUCACUCCUACCAGAGUUCAGGUAUGUGUGGUAAAUGUAAGUGCUGCUCGCCUCGAAUGGUCUCCACCAUCCAAGUCACUACUGAUCAUGCUGCUACUGAGCUUCACGUGAAACCAGAUGUUUCGAAUUCCAAGAACCGUGGUUCUCCAGAGAAUGAACAUACAGUUGACUUGCUUCAGCUGUCAUCACACCUUCAGCGUGUGGAACAACAAAGGACCAUCAUACAAAUGAAGAACGAGACCGAGGAUUUAUUUGGUUUCUUCACAACCAAUGGCCUAAGUGUAUAAAUAAAGAAGAACAAUCCAGGUAUUGCUGAAGCUCCUUUUCAAGAAUCAGCAGUGUAGAUGAAUUUACCAAUGCUUAGGGUACUGCUUUUUUUCCUUUUUUUUUUUUUUUUUUUGUUUCUUGUUGACAAACUGAAAUUUUACAUGGCAGAAAGAAACCAGAUUGUGAUGUUUCUUUCUUCUUUAUUCAUUUUUAGCACAGAUUGUGGCUUUGUAAUUGCUGUAAGAUACUCUUGAUAUUUGAUUCUCUUUUUCAAGCUGUACUUGGAGAACCAUGUUCCUAGUUCAGGUUUCCUUUUUCAAGCCUGAACCUUUCAGUCAUUGAAGGGGCGUGUUUAGAAGGGACAAGAUCAAGUUUGUAAAGGGAAAUUAAGGAGUGUGUGAGAGUGAGAGAGCAUUGUCCAAGUUUGUAAAGCUAUUAUAGAAUCUUUUAUGUAAGCAGCAGCAGGGUCCUUUCUUUUGCUGCAG